ACAGACGCAUAAGCGAGCGAAUGGGAUUAAAUUCGUAAUACGGAAAAAAAAAAUCAGUUUCAAACGUACGCACGGAAAGUACAGACGCGCGCGCGCCGGCAACAGCAGCAGCAGCAGCAGCAGCAUCCAUACUCUUUGCUCGCGAUUCCACGGCAACAUAAUAAUCAUUAUAUUGUUAAUAUAAUUCGCGAAUCGAACGGACGUCUGCAUCAUCGUCACCGUCAUCGCCGUGAUUGUCGAACGAGGGCGGACGAGGAGGACGAGCCCCCGGGAUCAUUUCAAUACGCGUUCACAGUGGCGGCGGCGGCGGCUGCGUUUUUCACCCCGGUUUCCCGCGCCAGUUAUUUCGCAUACGACGGCGGAAAGUUACGGCCGACCGCGCCACCGUCAUCCGGAUCGAGACGACUCCCCGGUGCCGCACAAGUAAUAUUUUUUUUACCUACCUUUAUGCAACAUUAUACAAGCGUAGUUUGCAAAUAUUUGAAUAUUGGCUAUAAUACCUGAUCGUGUAAACGCACGCGGUGGCGAUUCGCGAAUCCUACUCGACAAUAUUAUAAUAUUGACAUUAGGCGGACAUACCGGAGUUCUGUGGGGCUGCGGCGAAUCCACGGGGGCUGGGGGGGGUACAGUUUUUCCUUUUUUUUUUCUAUGCAUCGCGUCGUAGGUGAUACACGGUAUCUCGUAACAAUACAGCGGUAACGAGAACUGUAAGGCGGCAGGGGAAGGAUACGAUCCACCGACCCGUCCCGUUCCCCCGAUAUCCAGACGCUGGGGUUUGGUUGUGGGGGUAAUAACCUUACAAUCAUACGCACGACGCAUUCUACGUACAUAAUAUUAUUUGGGUUUUACCAAUUCACUAUUGUUUUCAUUUUUCCGUCGAAUACUCGGGAUGCACGGCCGGGUACGCGAUGACUGCCGUGACGUUUGCCGACGACUUUAACGAAUGUUCGCGAUUUUCACACCCGGGUGGCGAACGUCGCGCUUUUUACACGAGCCGUUCAAAUAUUUCACAAAGUUUCACGUUAUUACGCCCGGCCGUACAUAUUAUCUCAUAUUAUUGCCGUAUUGCGAUAAACAAAAAAAAAAAAACAUGUAACACGACGCUAUUGAAAUGCGCAAGACACGUGCACGUUGUAAAAUCGUCGAAAGACACGUCAUUUGGACGGCGGCGGCGGCUUUCUCUUCUCGUUUCGUCGCGGCCGAAGCCACCGCCGCCGCCGUCCGUCCUUUCUCCUCUCCGCCGCUCCAGCGCCGCGGUCGUUUCGCGUUGACCACUACGUACGCGGCUCACGUACGCAAAGCGAUAUCGCGUGUAUUAUUGUGUCCGUGCGCAGACACGCGACGUCUGCACACUCUCUCCUCGCUGCCUAACCCCGUCGUCUUCGCCGUCGUCGCGAUUGUGGGUUACGUACGACGUUGCCGUAGCGCGGAAAAGAGAGAGCGGCCGGCGGCGGACCGCGAAAUCUGUGUCAAACGUUUUACACUUUGCUGCCAUUUUUCCUCGUGCACACGCGCACGCGCACACGACGAGCGGAUAAAAGAAAUUUGACGGCGGACGGCCGCUGGCGCGCGAUAUUAUUAUACACAGGCAGUACAGUUUACAGGUACCUACUUGUCGUGUAUCGGGUUUGUCGUUCGAAAACGGACAGAUAUCCCAUCAAACUAGUUCCGAACGGUUCGCGAUAAUAUAAAAAAAAAAACAACCAUUUAUACGCGUCGUCGGUCGAAAAACCGAAUUCUCGCGUAGUGCAAAAAUAAUUAUUACCUACCGUUUCGGUUCGCGUGCGUUCCAGCCGUUUCCGCCGUUUUUAUACAGCCCCUUGAAAUACCAACGCAUAAAACCCGCCGUAUAGUAUAGUGUGGUUUUGGAUGGGACCGGUCCGCAAAAGUCGCCCGUCCGUAUUUCAAAACCGCGACUUGUAACCUAACCUAUAAUGUUGCAUUGCUCGUUUCGAACGUGCGUACCGUAAUAGUUCACAGUUCGAUAUCUCGCAGUUCGGAACGUUUUAACGCCGAUGGAACAGUCCCGUGUGGGUACCUAACCUAUCUUAUCAUUUGUUGUACAGUGUUUUGUCGCACUGCCCGUAACUUAACCCAAUCAAACCUAACCACGUGCACGGUAUUUGCCUACAAUACAAUAUUAACAGCGCCUGUUAAUCCGGCCAUCAUUUAUAAUAAAAAAUUGUUUCCUUUUUUUCUUAUAGUAUAUUCGCGGUGACGACGUAUUAGCGCAACAACAACAAUAAUAGUUAUUGUUGUUGUUUGUACACUACCGAGACUAUGGCGAAGAUCGCGUCCGGGGCCACGAUGAUGCUCGGUACCGAUUAUUAUAAUAUCGCUUCGGCGGCGGCGUCGACCACGACCGCGGUCGGAAACGCGGCCGCGAUGAUCACGUCGAAUCAACAAGAGCUGCAACAGCCCGUGUCCAUGGCGGAUUUCUGGUGGUGGCCGACACCUACCGCACAAGCCGACGUCGGCGGAUUGAUGGGAGACCAGAUAUCGUCUUCGUCGACCGAAGAUCAACAGCCGAUAAUCGGCAGCGGCGGCGACGAUUUCGACGGUUUCGACUUGUCGUUGCUAAUAAACAGCGCGGCCGGCGACGGGUAUUUCAGCGACACCACCAUAUACGAUGACAUUUGUUUUUUCACCGGCAACGUCAACGAAAACGACAUAAAACCAACGCUGAUCGCCGAACAACCGCCCGCCUCCAUAAUCAACACGACCGCGAGCGAACGGCGGCAAUUCAAAACGGCCGCCAGCCCCGCAGCCGUCGUGCCCUGCGUGAUCAAUACGGCCACGACGACGACGACAACGACGAAUCUGCCGAACACCGGCAAGACCACCUUGUUGAGAUCGCUGUUGACGGCAACGGUACCGCCGCCGCCGCCGCCAGCGAUUUCGCCGCCGGCCACCCGCCUGUACGCAGAUUUCGUCGUAAAAGUCGAAUCCACCACCGAACCGACCUGCACCAAUAACAACACAUCAGCGGAAAUAAACCACGCCAACAACUGCAACGAUAAUAACAACACCGACAAAAGCAACAAACAUCGACUUUUGAUAGAAAUGUUACGCGGCGGGACCAACGAUGACGUAGUCGUUCCUACCGCUACGGAGACUACAACGGCUCGUCCGGUGCGGCGACGUCCGCGAACCGCGGCCUUUGGGGACAACAAUGACGAUGACGACGACGGAGAACCUCACUACGGUGGCCGCCGCCGGCUGGACGAACCGCCGUCGCUGGUGGUCGAUAACGGACAAGGUCUCCAUCAGCAAGACAACGUGGACGACGACGAGCUGAUGUUGUACGGCGGUGCUUAUUAUUCCGCGCCGGCUUCGCCGUCGUGGCUGGAUCGCAUGGUGGCCGCGGCCGCGGCGGCCACUACGGGCACGGGAAACGCAGCCGAUUUCUAUUCUUGCAGUACCACCACGGCGGAUCUGCAGCUGCAGGACGAAGACCUGAACCGACGACGAAACCAACAACAGCAACAACAACAGCAACAACAACAACAACAACAACAACAAGAACACAUGACCGUGGUUGAGGGCGGCGUCAGCGGAGAAGACUGCAUCGACAGUAUUGUGGACGAUUGUUGCGUGGAUUAUUGCAACGAAUACGGCUUGAGCGGAACCGGCGUCUUCGACCAGACCGGCGUCGACCAAGUAGGAGCCGGUUAUUAUUCGGCGGCCGUGUCGGAAAUCGCGUACAGUCCACCGACCGCGGCCCAGGUACCUUCCGUCACGCCGCCACCGCCGUCCUACGGCGAUGCCUCGACAACGACCAACACGGUAAAUAUAAUAUGAUUGUUACAAUAAUCGUAUAGACAAUAGUCAUUAUGACGCCGCGCAGGGGUGGCGAAAUUUAGCGCCCUCGUGACCUCCGUGUUUUCCAACGUUACCACGUGACCACCCUUUCCCGUUGUUCGAUCUGCCGACCCGCUGUAGUCCGUUUUCUCAAAAGUGCGAUAUGAACGGAUGUUACGAGCGCCUAUUAUACAAUAAUGUAGUCGCGUUAUUAAUUUUGAACAAGUCGGGAAAGCCCGCCCGAACGUGUGCUGGAGACCACGGUUUCGAAACGUGCAUUAUAAACAAUAUUGACCGUACAAUUGCAGCGCAUACAAUUUCAAAAGAAUUCGGUGACUUAAUAUUAUUAUAAUUAGAGAUCGGAUUGAUAUAUGUCCACAAGAAAAACACUUGAAAACGUCAAAAAGCCUAGAAAAAAUAUCACUUAAAAAAUGUAUAAAACCGCAAAAAUAAUAGAGGGGUUUAACAGUCUCCCGUCUAACGGAUUUAGUUUAUAAAUAUAAUUUUCUAACACCACGAAAAUGAUUAAAGCAAAGGAAUUUUUUUCGUAACACGUACGAUUGUAUUUAAGAGAACUUAUUUUGUAUGAUAAUCAAUUUUGUGGCGUUAGGAAAUUAAAUUUAAUAAUAAGUUAUAGCCAUUAGUGGGGGAACUCCUCUAUCGUUUUUGAUUUUUUUGAUGUUUUAAAGCGCUUUUUUGUGGACCCAAUCCGGUCUCUAAUUAUAAUCAUGCUUUUGCGUGGAAAUAAACUAAAUAAUCUGGCGUAGUUCAAAAGCUCGUGUUCGAAUACGGGAUAAUUUCAGCGCUCGACCGGGAUACCAUAACGCGUUCAUCUAAACUUAUUAUUAAAAAAUCCGAAACGUGAAUCUGUGAAUAUUUCACGAUAGCAGUCGAUGUAUGUCCAUAGUAUCUGCGUAUAAUGUGCAAAUUAAACGUAAAACACGUUUCGUUUCGAAAAAUAUUGACUUUUUGAGAAGAAAAUAAACGUUGACUGUUCAACAAACGAGCGGCUCGCUCGGAAUAUCUAUUUAUCGAAAACGUCGCGUUCUGAAAAAGUCCCGUGUGUUUUUUUUUUUAAACACACCGUUGGAUUGGACGUUUGUUGGCGACGGAUAAACCGCACCGGGCGCCUGCCUCCCGGGCUCGAUACGAUAGGUACGCGAGGUCCGUAUUCGUCGGCCGCGUCAAAAUCCGAAAUCGCGUUUUUACUAUUUUUUUUUUUUUUUACCGAUCCUUCUUGCUCGCCGCUGCCCCUCCCUCCCAGCCCCGCCACCGUACCGUCAUUGUUGCGUUAAAUCAGUCGUGUGUUAUUCAAAUCGUUACGGAAAAAAACAAAACGAAACAAAACGUAACACGCCACGUCUUGUUUCAGCGACAACGCGGCCAAUAGGCGGCGACACAAGCGCGCGCAUAGUUUUAGACAGACGAAAAAAAAAAAACUCCCGCGAGAAUGUUUUUUUUUUUUAUGUAUUUUGUUUCGCCAACAUAAUCUCGUGCCUGCAUAACAUAAUCGGUAUUUGAUAAGCUCGCGUCGGUUAACGUACUAGAGCGUGCUCGGCGCUCGCGACAGUAUGGCGGCGGGGGUACGGCCCGGAGUGGGAAACGACGCGAUGACGUAUAAAACCGAGAGAAUGAGAAAAAAAAAUAAAUAAUAAUCUAAUAAAAACAUUAUUCGUACCGGCGUUUUAGGAUCUGCGGGGCGACGAUGACGGCGUUAUUACAAUGUCUAACGAUAAUAUCGAAUCUGCGCAGAACAAGAGAGUUGGGCGCGACGGUUUGCGCUCGCACGGGGAAACGCCCGGGCGCGCCCCACAUUCCGCGACGGAAACAGGUUUUCGCGGGCGCCCGUCGCUACGAAAAAAAAAAACAAAACAAAAAACAAAACUAUUCCGCAAGCUCGAGGCGACUAGGAUUUCUAUUUUAUUCCGCGCGCGCGCGUAUAAAAUUAUUAUUGUUACAAACGUGUACUGCGCUCUGUCCGCCGUCCCCCGCCGCGCGCCCGAUACUUAACGUGUUCGGUUUUUUUUUUUUUUGUUAAUUUUUUUUACUUUUUUUUUUUCUGUUAACCCGCGCGUUCCGCCGCCGCCUCGCGGCACCGCUCCGGCCGGCGGUAAUAAUAACAAUUAUUAUUAUUAUGUUUCGAAAUCGCCGAGACGAUAAAUCUUAGCCGGGGCUUGCAAUGGAAAAUAUGAAAAAAAAAAAAGGCAGCUAUAUUAUAAGCACGUUGUAGUUUUUUUUUUUUUCAUCUCGCGCGAAAUAUAUACGACACGCGAUCCGCGAGUACGGCGCGGCGGCGUGGCCGUUUGGGGAUUUCAGCGAGCCCACACUGUACACGUUUCGUAGCUCGCGGUGCCGUGAUCGGGAAGAAUUCGUUCUAGGAGGAGCGGAAGGGAAGAGGGCGUCAUAUUUUUAAUUACUUUGAGUGUACCUGCACGAGGUAUUUUGUCGAAAAGAACUGCGGUGGCUUUAAAUAGGAUGUGACACGAAGGAUUAUGAGUGUGUUCGGAUAAUAAAGCGGAUAAAAGCCGUCAAAUGAGUGUUUUGUGUGACAAGAGAAUUGCAAUUUGACUUUUUAAAAGCGAGUUGGACGGAUGAGAAUCGGCCAGUAAACGGAAAUACAGAGAGUGCUUGUGGCAGAGGCGAGAAUAUUUAUGUGGAUGAAUACGGGAUAAACAAUGGGAAUACUCAAGAGGUAACUUAAGCGUGGCUCCGACGGGUGAGAGAAAAUAGACUGAAAUGAUUUGAGCAUAUCAUAAAGAAAGAAGAAUCUGAAGCAGUAGAAUCGUAAUGGAAAUAAAUAUAAGAGGAAAUAAGGGGAGGGGUAGACCGAAAAAUGGCUGUUAGAUGCGAUUGAGAAUAUGACGAAGAGAGCGGGUGAAUGCGGGGAGGAGAUCGGGUCACGUAGAAGUUUAGACGAGGGUAUUCGAUUCCAAAUAGUUUGGAUAAAAGAAUAUGAGAAAAAGAAGACGUUACGGUAGGGGGAGGGGUUUACUCGAAUUACGGAAAACUCCAAUUCUGUUUAAAAUUCAAUUAGCCAUUUGUAUUGGAAUCUUAAAUCAUAUUUAUUAUUUUCAUUAGGUAUGUGGGUAACAUACCUGUACAUUUGUUGUGAAAAGAGAAAAUUAUUGAUACUCGAAUGUAUUUUCUUUAAGCUUUAAUAACAUUUUAUCACUAUUCACUAAUCAUGUAAUCCAAUAAUAAUAAUGUAAUCUCAUAAAACUAUGAGUGGCGUAAAAUAAACAUUGAAACUAAAGGUAUAUUUAGCCGACUUUAGACGUUAUCGUAUACAUUGUAUAUAACGACCAAAUAUAAACUUGAUUACUUACCAGUGAUAAAGUUUAUAACAAUAAAACUAAAUUAAAUGUUUAUUUUUAAAAAAUAUUGCGCUUUUACAGGCAACAGGAACACUCAAUAAAAUUACAACGUUAUACCUAAUUUUUUAUGAGAAAAAAAAAAAAAAAAGGCUCUGGGAGAGGAUCUAUCCUCCGUGUCCCCCCUUUCGUAAUUAUGCCACUGGACUAAGUCGUCAAGUCAUUCUGCCCGCGCCGAUAGACACGCAGAGCUGUUAAAAAACGUAUUUAGUCCACAGAGUCAUUUGAACAGGUAUAUUGGUAUAAUAUAGGUACUCGAAAUGCGAUUUCGGGGACGUGUUGUUAUAAUCACAGAAAAUCGACAUUCUCGAGCCAUCGAACUUAACAGCGGGAGUGCGAGGGUCAGUCGUUUUACACCAACAAAGUCGAAAAAUGAUUAAAUUGACCCGGCCGCUGUUUUACGGUAGGUAUUGUGUACGAAUUGGAAACGGCCCAUAUGAACUCGUUAGUAUACCACAUUCUAGAAAAACGUUUAACCGCAGUUCGCUAUUAUUUUAUUAAUACAAAACGAACGUCGAUAUAUGGUAUGGGCAUUUUUUUAAGGGGUUUUUUUUUUUCACGGUCAAAAACGCGCGUUUUAGACAUUUUACACGCUAUUGUAGUAUAGUAUUUUACACUAUUAUAGUAUAGUGACCACGAAAUAACGCAACCGCCGUCCGGACGGUCGUCGUCGCAUCUCGUCGUAUGUAACAAAAGUAUUGCACGGCGGAUAUACGACUGCGCUAUUCCGGUGCGAAAAUACUCGGAGUUAUCAUUGUUCCAUAACCUGUAAUAUUUUAUCUGUAAUUUUUUUAAUUUUCAGCGAUUUGUAUUUUGAUCAUUCUUAAACAUUAUAAAGCACGCGCUACAGUGCGCAGCGAAAAAUGCGUAUUAUUGGUUUUUUUGUGUCUGUGAACAAUUUUUCUACCAAAAAUCAUUGUCCGAUUUUGAAUUUUUUUUUAUUUAGUUUUAUUUGCUUUUAUGUGGAUAAAAUUGUUUUAGCCGAGCGAAAUGUUUGGAAAUUGUACACGAUGUUCACAUAAUCCAUGCUAAGUGGUAAAAAAAUAAGAAUUGUAUGUAACGUACAUAAAUGUAGUUCGAUUUUUUUAUACGAUUCUACAGUUCAGUUUGCAACGGGAAUAGUAAAAAUCACGGGGCACAUCAUGCGGACAUCAUAUUAUUUCAAUCAAACAAAGACGUUUGAAAAUUUAGAACGAUGGUUUUUUUUAUAUUUUAUGUACCUCGUGUUUAUUUUGAAAUAGGUAUCGGCUAUAUAUUGUGUAGAAAACGUAGAGGAACUUUAGAUUCAAACACCAUCGAUCGAUCGAUCGAAACACCAUAAUAUAAUCAAUACUUGAACCGAGGGGUCUCGAUGCGGACGCCUCUUCUAUUCAAAAAUAACUGUAACGUACCCCUUCUAAUGUUCCAUGUAAUAGACACAGAGCCGGCGUUAACAAAAACCGAUGGAGAGAUGUGAUUAAUUUGCUGAUUCCAAAAACGUUUUUACCCAUCUUUUUUUUUUUUUUUUUUUUUUUUUUACCGAGUAAUAGAUUGCCCAAUCUAAUAUUAAAUAAUAAUCGUCGAGUUUCCGAUUCAGUAGUCCGUACAUUUCUAAGUUUGGGUGAUGUCAUCCAUAUAUCUGCGGCCGUGAAGGCAUGAACGGACAUUAUGGACAUAAAGACAUAAAUAUUAAAUAAAUAACUAAGAUUUGUACGUGUUUUUUUUUUUUUUCUUCUACGCUUUUGCGUUCUAAUUUUUCCCCGGUUCGAGUGUCGCGUAUAAUUGUUUAUUGCGAUUAGACGGCAAAGAAUAUUGGGUUUCGAGCGAAAUUAAAAAAAAAAAAAAACCGCGAUAAGUACGUAUUGUUCGAUUUACUAUGAUAUUCGACGCAUACUCGAGAAAAUCCGUAACAAUCUACGAAAACCAACAUUGUAACAAAUGUACGGGCCGCGGCGUUGUGAUUACAUAUGAGUGAUUUUCGUUUUUCAGGCGGCCGUUACGUACAUUACAGUAGGUACGGUGUACUUUUGCUUUUUCACGUAUCGAACAUCAUAACACGCGUGUAUAAUGAUCUAAUGAUAUUCUCGUACUGUCUACCGCGGGUAAUGGGUAUAUUAAAAAAAAUUAAAAAAUAAACGAAUAAUAUAAUGUGUAAAACGAUACGCGUGCACGGUUACACUACCCGAGGUGUUCCUAGCCCUCCCCCACCUCCGCUUUCCUCUCGGCCACACUCAAAACGCUAUUAUUGCGUAAUCGCUGCCGCCGCCGCCGCCGCCGGUGAUAACCUUGCGCGGUCACUAUAUUAUACCUGCUAGCUGCGUAUACACGAUACAAGCGGUUACGGUGGUCACCGCCGGUCACUUCACCAUAAUGUAUACGCGCACACACAUACGUGGGUAUACACGCGGCCACGCCCGCCGACGCGCGAGGAAUUCGUCCGUUUCGAAAGCCGCACGCGCGUAAUAAUCCGAGCAUCCGGUAGAAAGUAAAAUAUAAAAUCUUCCCCCGUCCCGCGCCCGAGGCGCGACAACAACAACUUUAACACGAGCAAGGCCGCGGCGUGUAUAAUAAUAAUAAUAAUAAUAGCAAUAACGAUAAUGAGAAUGAGAAUAUAUAACGCGGAUAUAUUGUAUGGGUGUACCUACAUAGGCGCAACCUGUCCGAGAGCUUGUACGAGCGAAACGCGUGCCGCGCAUAGAUGACGCGCGGACCCGCCGGACUGCCUACCGAUAUUAUUAUUAUGUUAUUAUAUGUGUGCCGAAUAAGAGCCCGGUGCCGAGAUUCGUACGGAAAAAAACAAAUCGAUAAAAUAAAAAAGUCGCGCGUUCACGCGGACGCGAUCGACGACGGUGUACACGAUAACUAUAAUAAUAACGUAAAACCGAAUUUUUGUAUGAAUACCAUUUUUUGCUCCGCGACACAUUUUAUCGUAUGAUUCAGUAUUCACUAUAUAUAUAUAUUGAUUUUCAAACAUAUAAUACCGACAAUCAGUGGCGUAACAACAACUUCUAAUGCCCGUGGCAAAACAUUGUAGAUUAACCAAAUUAUGGGCCAAGUGCGCAGGGGCGAAACAAUGUGGGAGAGUGUAUGACGGAAAUUAUAAAAAAGUUAAAAUCAAUAGUUGCUAGCCCUGGCCAAGUGCCACUAUAUUCGAGUUGGGUCCCAAUUUACACAGUUUUGAGUCUAUUUUCAUACAUCUGUCUGUCCACUCAUGUUACUUAGCAAGCAAAACAAUGGUCAUCGUCUGUUAUUUUGUUCACCUGUCUAUUCAUUCACUGAAAAAUAAUGUUUUGGGCUUUGAUUUGGGGCUCCUAAAUGGCAUGGGCCCGUAGCUCAUUGCCCGUCAUGCUACUCUAUAGGUACGCCACUGCCAAAAACAUUGUUUAUAAUUUUUUUUUUUUUUUUUUAUACACAUUCGUACCCAAUAUUGUGGUAUUGGUAUUUUCAAUACUGUAUUAUAACGAAUAUUAAAAUGUUGACAUAUUGUACUUCGGUUCAAGGCCUAAAAAAAAAAAAUUCAAUUAAAUAAAAACACUUUUUAGUAAAAACAAUUCCGCCUCAGAUACACGUCAAAGCGUAAGAGGACGUCCAUUAAUAAUAUUGUUUCCGUCUUACAAACGCAAGAUUCAGUUAAAACAUACUUAUGUAUGCAGAUUGACUACGCAGAACUCGUUUGAUGUUGGUUUUUAGAGUAAAAACACCUAUUAUGGAAUAAAAAAUGAAUAAUACUCCGGAGAGAAAAACGUUGCUGUUUUACCAUUUUCUCCGGAUUAUAACAGUCAAUUUACCGCUUAUAAAUAACGACUUUUUCAACGUUUUUUUUAGUUAGCUAAAACUUAAAAUAAAAAAAUAAACGCAACGUUUUGCCCUCCGGAAAUAUGUUCUCUAUGAAUUUCAUAAUAGAUGCUUUUACUCUAAAACCAAAACUAAUCGAGUUAUGUGUAGUCUGCGUGCGCAUAUUUUUACUAAAUCUUGUGUUUGUGAGACAGAAACAACAAAUGUAUGUGUAACGUUUUCUUAAACAUAAAUAAAUCAAUACAGAUCACAUCUAGCUCGGUAAAUUUAUUUAAAACAAAUGACUAAUUUGUUGUCGUUAUUUAAAAAAUUAAUAUACCGAUGUUAUUAAUAAAGAUAAACCAACUUAAUUAAUUGAUAAACUGUUAAAAUGAAAAUAAAGAUAAAACUCGUAUUAAACAAAAAGAAGAUAAACUAUUUAAAUUAUAAUUUUAUAAACGUAUUAGCAAUUAAUAUAACAAAUUAUACGUCUCGAUGUAUUAUGCUAACCGUUACGGCGAUAGUAAAAAAGUUUUAUUAUACGUACCAUGGAGAUUUGUCGAUCAAUGAAUACCUAAGAUAUUAUUAGGUUUUUAAAAUUCAAAUUCAAACAGUUGAUUUAAAUUACUAUUGUAAUUUAUAUUAAAAUAUAUUAAAAUGGCUUUGGGCGUCCCCGUGAUCCGCCUUUUUGUUAUUGUUAUUAUUAUUUUAUAAUGUGGUAUCCAGGACUGAGGAGAGCGCUGGGUUAGCAUUUCUUUUUCCAAUCUCUCCAUUUCUCACGCAUCUCGCUGGGCGCGGCUCAACGUACACACUCGUAGCGACCAUCGAAACCGAAUUUUGAAUAUUUUACACGUCGAUAACGCGAUUCGGUCGAUUACACGCUACCGUAGUUUAAUUAGACGGUUUAGUACCACCCGUAAUCAAUAUGAUUAUAAAGAAAUGAACGGGACGCGUCUAUAUUUUCAGUAUUUAUGGGAUAAGUAGGUGAUAUUGUUUUUUCUUUUCGUACCAUUUUUCUCUCUAAAAGUCUAGGGUAUUCGAAAAGUCAUGCCAUCUUGUUCACGCUAUUUUUCUCUUUCUAGCAUUUCGGGAUAUCAUAUUAUAGCGUUUAAAAUAUGUGCCUAAAAAGAUUUUAAAUGUCGGUGCACACAUCUGUACAUUCUAUUGAGUUUCAAAGUAUAUCACACUUUGCGUCAGGAUAAUAUACCCUGACUAAUUUUAGGACUGGAUACAAUGUUAAAACUUACUGUGUGGUAAGCUACAAUCGCACAUCCAUUUCUUUAUUACCUAUGCCUGUAAUUCGAUUGUAAUAACUAAUAACUGUUUUGCACGGUAGAACAUUUCUCGCGUUUUAUGUAUUAUUUUAUCGCCGGGCGUUUUCCGACACUUUUUGGUAGAAAAGUUGUUCGUAGAAAAAAAAAAUAAUCAUUUUAAAACCAAUACAUUCCUCGCUCAGAAUUGAAAAAAAUGGUCUGACCUAUUUCUCAAAUAUUUCACGCUAAAUUGAAAAUAUGCUUUCAGAAUAUUAUUAUCACUCGCUUUAUCGAUCAGUUUGAUAAACAUAUCGUUUGUCUAAAUUGCUACGCUGCGCGUUAUCUGUCUGUAAACUAUUGAAUUUUUUUAGGUUUUUUAUUUAUUUAACAAAAUACAUUGGAUAGUGUCAUUAACGUCACGCUACGAUACAGAUUAAGUUCCAAUAUAUUAUGCGUUCUGUAAUUUUGAUCAAAUUACUGCUAUAAAAAUAGUACCUAUACGAAUACGGAAAGAGAAAACACGUCCAGCCUGUACGGUUAUUCCGAAAACAUUUGAAUUGCAUCGCAUGAUUAUAUAUAUACAAAAUACUCGUGUUAAUAACGGCACGGAUUUUCUCAUAGGUACACGUUUAUUUGAAAGUGAACUCGAUGAUAGUUUCGGGUUGAUAAAAUUCAAUUUUUCAAAAAUUUUCGUGUUGAUUGCCUACACGCGAACCCUUCAAACAAUUCAAGAUAUCGCGCGUAGUUUUCUCCAUUUCUUGUAUUUAACAUAAUUUCUAAAAUAAUGUUCGAUAGCCAACACCUACGAAAAAUAUCGAACGACUAAUGGUGACAGCACCUCGUCGUUUUCUAUUUCCGAUAAAUUUGUCUCCUCGUGUAGUAUAUAGACACCGGCUCACCUUGAGUUGUUUUAAAAAUAUUCGUCUUACCACUCGCACGAUUCACGGGCUGCCACUGCGUUGGCCAAGGUAUUGGUAUUUACCUGUAUCACAGAAAUUUAAUCACUGUGAGGGGAGGCAAUGUCACACGAACAAUAAUAUCUAUACGUUAUUAAAUAGACUGCGGAUUAAUAAUAUUAAAAAUGCGCAUAUUACAAUCUAUUGGCAGCCGUCCACAAUAAUAACACCCGGCAUUCACGAGGCUGUCCUUAAAAACACGUCACUUCAAACCCAUAUUACGCACACACCGUGUAUUAUGCGCAAUUGGAAAAUAUCCUUGUGAAAUAUAAAGGGCGAUUUAUGAUUGCGACUAUUCAAACGGAAAACAGCGUAUGAGCGCUUGACGUAAAAAAAAAAAAAAUCGCAAUUGUAUACAAUUACGUACAAUUACGUAUUACCUACGAAUACUAUUAUCAAUACUAUAUUUUAAUAAACUUCUCGUGCGGAUGCAGUUUACUUAAAAAUGCACGAAACGUCAUAGUUUUAUUAUAUUUGUUCAAAGUUUCAAUCCGUAGGUUGGUUCACGAUAAAAUGUUCUCUCCGUGAUUCGUAUGCGUAAUAUGCUUUGGGCUUCGAGUGGUCUGUACGAAUCGACUGCUGCAUCUUUGAUUAACAUUGAUUUCUACGGCAUGUUCUUGGCCUUCCGCGUCCACGCUUUUCUUCUCUCGUACUUUCUAGUUUGGUGCGAUGGCGAGUUCCUCGUUGUGCCUCAGCGUAUGUGACCAAUCAUACGCCACGGCCUUGAUAUUAUACUGUACAGCGAAGUUCUUCAGCUCUCUUUUAUUGAUAACUCGAACACUUCUCGGUUUGUCUUCAUUUCCGUCCGUUUUAUUUUUUUCUAUUUCUCUCCGGCGCCACAUUUCUAAAGCCUCUAAAAUAUGUUCGUUUUUUUUUUUUUUUUUCUUUAACGUCCAUGUUUCACAACCGUAUAAUUAAUAUAAUGCUACACUCCGUACGUGCGUUUUAAUUAUUUUAUUAUCUCAUGUGUAUGAUUAUAUAAAUCGUUUCGUAUAUUUCACGUAUCGCAAAUUUCUUGUUAAGUACGUUGACGUCAUAGGUUUUAUUCGGAAUAAUAAUCAUGGUAUGCUAUACGUAACGUGUUACGAAACCGUAUCGGUUCACGUGGUUUUUGGUAUGUAACUACCAGAACAAAUUAUGAAAGCUCACGCUGUCUGUUAUACAUAAUUAAUAUUAGUCGCGCCACAUUUAAGCCGUUUCGCACAUCCGGGCGCAUUACGUCACAUUUUGUUUUCAUUUUAUUCAAUUAUCAUUUUUUAUUUUUUUUUUCCAAUUUUCAGGAUUCGGAUUCUGAUCAGCCGGCCAGUUCGACUACGGUGGCGAUCAAGACGUCCGCCGCGGCACGCGCGGUAAACACAGUGGCGAUCGCGUCUACCACGACCACGACCAACACCGUGACCAACGCCGCCACUACCCCCACGACGUCAUCGUCGUCACAGCACAUCCACCUGUGGCAGUUCCUCAAAGAGCUGUUGAUGGAAUCGUCGGCUGCGGCGGCCGCGGCGGCCGCGGAGCAAACAGCGUCGGUGCAGAUGCAGGUCGACGACAUCGGCCACAACAGCGCGCCGUCGUCUCCGGCCACGUCCACAACGUCCACCGCGGAAUACUCGCCGUCUACGGCGGCCGCGGUGCCGAGUACGGCCGCGGCGGUCAGCAAUCAACAGCAACAGAUGAUCCGGUGGCUGGACCGCAAAGAGGGCGUGUUCAAAAUCGAAGACAGCCAGGCGGUGGCCCGUCUGUGGGGCCGCCGAAAGAACCGUCCGCUCAUGAACUACGACAAGCUGUCCCGGAGUCUGCGGCAGUACUACAAAAAGGGCAUAAUGCGGAAGACGAUACGGUCGCAGCGACUGGUCUACCAGUUUUGUCCGCCGUACAACGCGUAAUCGCGCGCCGCGCGGAAUCACGGGGCAUUAUGGCCGGGGCUGUAGAGCGCGCGUGUAACGCGGUGAUUUUAAACGGCCCCGAUCAUGAUGUACCCACCGUAUAGGUUUAGGGCACGGUGACGGUAAUUUUGUAAGUUUAGUAGUACGCACGAGUGCGGUACAGUGCUGUACGGCGCUCGUGCGCGUGUAUACGCAUGCACGCAUAUUAUAAUGUAAGUGAUGAGAAUAACAAAUAAUAAUGUUAUCGUGUAAUAACACGUGGGUUACGCGACACGCCGCCGCGGUCGAACGUCCC